CAAUGAAUACUUUUCUUCUUUUAUUCACCCUACUUUUGGUUAUCCCAAAAUCUGCAUUUUCCUAUAAUGAAUCCAAUUUCAAAAUUGAAGGAAUCUUAAGGUGCAAAGGAACACCUACCCGAGGAACCAUCUUGAUGGUUGAUGACAAUCUUGAUCAUUGGGAUCACCUCUUGGACGAAGUCGAAGUCUCGGACGACGGAGUAUUCGUGUUAUACGGCUGGCUGCCUGAUGAAUGUCUCCAUGUUAAAUUAUUUGUUGAACACGGAUGUACUAUAGAGCGAAAUGAUGAAGAAAGUCGAACAACCCGCGACAUAUAUUCUGAAUAUUCCAUUGCCUCAAAACACUUGGAAACCCACAAUCAUGAUUGGACGUUUAGCUUUGAGCUGGUGUAUAUGGUAGCUGAGAGAUCGUGGCCUAAAUUUUCUAUAUACAGAUACUGGUUACAUGUGAAACAAACGUAA